CAAAUGUAUUGAUGACCACUCCACCAUUUUCCCGCCACCUCCAACACCUCUUCCAACGGUCAACUACUAUCACCCACCUCCUCCAAAUCCAUUCCAUCAUCUUCAAAACUGCCCUAGACAAUGACCCGCUCGUCAUUGCCACAUUUAUUUCAUCCUCCUUCUCAAUCUCCAUAGACUACGCCCGCUCGUUCUUCGACCGCCUCUCCAUCCCACCGCCGCUCUUCAUUUGGAAUUCGAUGAUUAGAGAGUAUGCAAAAAGUCCACACCCUUCGGAAUCUGUCGCUCUGUUUUCAGAUCUCCGGAAGGUGGGCCAUGCACCCGACAACUUCACAUACCCGUUUGUGCUCAAGGCGUGUGCCCGUUCUUCCAUGUUGGGAGAAGGGGGGAUAGUGCAUUGCGUGGUUUUGAAGGCGGGGUUCCGUUCGGAUUCGUAUGUCCGGAAUACCCUCUUGCAUAUGUAUGCUACCUGUGGUGCAAUUGAGUUUGCACGGAGGGUGUUUGAUGAAAUGCCUGAGAGAGACGUGGUUUCUUGGAGCGCCAUGAUUGGUGGAUACAUCACUUGCAACUGCCCACUUGAAGCUUUUAAGGUGUUUCAGCAAAUGAUGGCAGAGAAUGAAAAACCCAAUUCCAUCACUCUAGUAAGCCUUCUUUCAGCUUGCACUCAUUUGGGUAGUCUUAGAAUAGGAGAAUCUAUCCAUUCCUAUGCAAUUGUGAAUGCAUUGAAAUUGGAUGUUGCUUUAGGCACCGCUCUUGUUGAAAUGUACGCUAAAUGUGGGGACAUACAGAAAGCCCACCAAAUUUUUAUCUCAAUGAGCAUAAAGAAUUUGCAGUCGUGGACGGUCAUGAUUUCGGGGCUGGCGGACCAUGGUCGUGGGAAAGAUGCUCUCACUUUGUUUUCCUGUAUGGAAAUGAGCGGCUUGAAACCAGAUGGAGUGUCGUUUUCUGCCAUCUUAUGCGCUUGCAGCCACUUGGGUUUGGUCAAUGAAGGGCGACAGUAUUUUGAUCGGAUGGUGAGUGUGUAUAAGAUCCAGCCGACGAUGGAGCACUAUGGGUGCAUGGUUGACUUGUUUGGGCGGGCAGGAUUGGUUGAAGAAGCGUAUGGAGUUAUUAGGUGUAUGCCCAUGGAGCCGAAUUCUGUUAUAUUGAGGAGUUUCAUGUGUGCUUGUAGAAACCAUGGCUGGGUUCUUCAUGUGGAUGAGAGUUUGAUGAAACUUCUGCUUGCAAUUGAGCCUGAUCUCGGAUCAAACUAUGUUCUUGCUGCUAACAUGUCAGCUGUAUCCGGGCAUUGGGACAAUGUGGCCCACUUGAGAAGAACAAUGGCUCAGAAGGGUUUGAAGAAGGUCCCUGGGUGCAGUUGGGUGGAAGUGAAUGGGACAAUGAGAUCAGAAGGGUAGGAGAAAACAGAUGGUGGGAAUAUUCCUAAAAAUCAGGUGGACCCCACCACGUACAUGACCUGGCCUGGUUCACUCAUUAGGUGGGAUUAUUCAUGUACUUCAACUGCAGAAUGUUCGCAUUUUGUUUUUUUUUGAAGCCAUCUGCUGUUUUGGAGCAGGUGGUUCAGCUGAUGAGUUGGGUCCUGUUUUCUGCCCAGGCCAUUUGCAGGUGGGGUCCACUUCUGAUGCAUGGGUUAGGCGUUUGAUACUGUCCGUGGCGGUGUGUGCUCAAGUAUAUCAAAUUCAAGGUUAUAUUAUCUAUCGAGCCAGUGUCCCAUAUCCAGCCCUGGUGAAAUCUUAAGAAAUGAGUAAACAUGAUAGCAUUGCUAUACCAGGAAUGACAGAUACAACUGAUUAUGAAGUGAAGCGUUAAUAUCUUUUGCGACAAUCAGAACCAUCCAAAUCAGGACCAAAAACACAAAUAAAAUCGGCUUCCAACAGAAUCAGCCAUGCUGAGUCAGAUCCUUCUCUCCCUACAUAUGUGUUGGGUGGGCCACACUGUGGAUGCAAUGUAGCCCAAGAAAUCAGGCAGAAGGUCGAAAGGUAGGCUUGAGCAACACUCUCUGGUAAAAUGGCAAUCUACUUCAAUAUGCUUACAUCUCUAUGAUAAAAUGGCAAUCUACUUCAAUGUGCUUACAUCUAUCUGAUAAAAUGGCAAUUUACUUCAAUGUGCUUACAUCACUUUAAGAAAAAGGUCUGGCCAGAAAUGUAGGAAUUCUUAUGAAGAACUUGCUGUGCUUUUAGUUGCAUCAAAGAUCCUUUGUGUGAUUUUAUCCGUUGAAAUUGUGUUGGUUGAAUAAUGAGAAA